AUCACGUUGGCACUUCCUGCUCCUCCCAAUUCAAAGAUGGCAGCCACGGUACAGAGACGAGCGACGACAUAAAUUUAGGAGUUUUGUUAUGAAACCGAAUAGGGUUGUAAAGCUGUUACGUGCAUGGUUUUGACAUGAAACCGGUAACAUUUGUACCUGCCUAUGUGUCGUCCCGGAAAGAGUAUUGACGGGUUCAGAAAUAACAUGAAUUUCUGUAGGCUAAGCUAGCAAGCAACGGUUAGCAAAUAAAUGAACUUGGUUCUUUUGCCACUCACGGAGAAAGCAGUUGGCCUGCAUACGGUAUUUUGACAUCCUGCAAGCUUAUUUUCGUCAUGGCCAUCACUCAAUUUCGUCUAUUCAAGAUCUGCACAUGUCUUGCAAGCUUGCUAUCUUUCUUCAAGAGGUUGAUAUGCAGAAGUGGAAGGGGCCGCAAGCUCAGUGGUGAUCAAAUAACCCUUCCAACAACAGUGGAUUUUUCAUCAUCAGUACCAAAACAGUCCGCACAACCAGAAAUUGAAGAAUGGAGUUCUUGGGAUGAAGACGCUCCUACAAGUAUUAAGAUUGAAGGCGGCAACGGAAACGUUUCCCCUUCACCCAAUGAUGUAGACGAAGAGCCCGACUACUUCAAAGACAUGGCUCCCACUAUCAGGAAAACACAGAAGAUUGUGCUGAAGAAAAGGGAACCUUUGAACUAUCUGGUGCCUGAUGGCUCAGCAGGAUUCUCCAGCAGACUGGCAGCAUCUCAGGAUAUGAUGACAUUCAGUCCACCCUCGGCCGAACUGGGAGAAAUGGACAACUGGCAGGAAGACACAAACGCCUGGGAGGAUGAGUCCGACGCUGCUUGGGAGGCAGAGGAGGUGCUCAGACAACAGAAGAUGGCUGAGAGAGAGAAGCGUUCCAUGGAGCAGCAAAGGAAAAAGAUCGAGAAAGAGGCUCAGAGGAUGAUGAAGAAGGAGCAGAAGAUUGCUGUGAAGCUCUCGUAACAUUUUAGAAAUGCUCAGUUUUGAGCCGAAGGGAUUGAGGUGGGGGCACUAAGACACUAGCUCGAUCAUUACUCUGUCUGUAACGUCGUCACACCAACCAGGAUUAUCACUGUACGCUAUUUAUCUGUUAGCAAUCUGUCCUCCUUCUCCUUCUGUUUCAACCAGCAGCCAUUUUAGUCAGAUUUCCAGCUACAGCAGUGUGCAGUGCGUCAGACUCAAGGACAGAUACUCACUACUCGUGGCAAUAUCAUUUUUGGUCUUCAAACUAGUUCAUACAAUCCAGUCCAUCUUAGGUUAAAGGUUGGAAGCAGCUGUGAAGUACCAUUUACAUUCUAAUUCAAUGUGUUAGGUAGCAUAGAAAAAUACUCAGUUUUAUUAUUUUUUCCCCAGGAACAUUUGUAAAUAAAAUGGUACCUGUGCUACCUUUUGAAUCUCAAAUAGGGAGUACAAUUCCUUAUCUUUGUCUUUUUAUGACCUCACAGGACAAAGGAGUGUAAAUUAUUUAAUGCAUCACUGUAUGCCAGUGACAUCCCUCGGUUUGCUCGAUUAUUGUGUUUUUAUAUUUAUGUUUUUCAUGGUCUUUUUUUCUAAUUAAUGUUGCUUAAUAUUUACGUGAUCUUCCUGUGCUGUACAGCCCUUAUACACUGGAAAUCUGCAUUAGAAGAAAGGUUGGAGUAUUUCAAACCGAGUAUGGAUAAAUUACCAUAGACUAGAAUCUUGCCCAACUAUGAACACUAGCUGUGGGUUCCUAUGGUAAUCUCAUGGCUACUGGUCCGCCGUUCAUUGUCCUCAUUUUUUCAGCUUUUAAUAUCGGAGGAAAAUAUCCAGUCAUCAAUUCAUUCAUUUUUUGAGUGUUGGGGUAGAGGUCUUGAUCUUUGCUAUUAAAUAGUAUGCUCACUGCACAGAUGCCGCCUCUAUAAAACACAGCUCACCAAAAACAAAAAAAAAAAUACAUUUUUGCUACCUUGCUCUUCUGAAAACGUAAAGCUAACGGCUGGGGGUGAUGGUUUUGACUAAAAUGGAGUUAUGAAAUGGAGUUACUGGUCACUGUUGCCAUGGAAACUUUGGCAGGUGGAGAAACUGAUUUGAUGCAAGUCGAGGGAAGAAAAUUUCUGUACUUAGUGUUACAAUUAGAAAAGCUUUGCAAGUAGUGUGACAUGGCUGGGUUAAUAUUUCUCGAAUGAAUCAUUGAUAUACUCCCAUGUGCUGAUUCAGUUAAAACUCUGAUGAUAAAGUGAUAAAUAUGAUGUUGAUUAGUGCAUGGCCAGGUUUAAUUGAGAGCAGAUGUUUAUUUCAAGGGAAUUUCAUUCUUCAGCAAACUUUCUUUGUGGAUGUGUUUUCUUUGGAAGUGCUCAUUCCCUCAGUUUUUUUUUCACUGAAAACAGCUUGAUGUUCUGUUGGUGUUACUGUUGUUUUCUUUUUCAUUUUUCACUUCACUUUUUACUUUUUCCAGAUUUUUUCCCCUUUUCCCCACUGUAAUGUUUGAGCACAAACAAAGACAGUACAUGGUGUAAUGAGUCUACAAGCUCAGUCCAGAUUUGGCAGAUUGUGUACCUGUUGUAAUAGUCCACAGGUUCCACACAGGUUUUUAAUAAAAUGCUUGGAUUCAUACCUCUA